CGCCCCGGCGGGCGGCGUGACGGGCGGUGCCGCCCGGCUGCUCGGCUCCCUGGGCCGCGGCGGGCCCGCUGCCGCCCUCCCCCGGCGCCGCGGCGGGCGGGAGGAUGGAGCAGGGGCUGUCCGCCAUCACCCUCUACUGCGCGCCCGCCGCCGGCCCCGCGGCUGCCGCCUGCGCCAUGGAGCCCGAGCAGGUGAGCGGGACCGGGGCCGGCGGAGUCUCCGCUUCCCGCCGCGCUGCCAAGUUCGGGAAGGCCUCGCAGCAACUUGCAAAUGGAGAUAGAGGCUUUGAGAAUGUGGAGUUGGGUGUCAUAGGAAAGAAGAAGAAAAUUCCAAGGAGGGUUAUUCAUUUUGCAAGUGGAGAAACAAUGGAAGAAUAUAGCACAGAUGAAGAAGAAGAUGAACAAGAGAAAAAAGACCUGUUGCCGCCUGUAGAUCCUACAACGCUCACAUGGGGGCCCUACUUGUGGUUUCACAUGCUGCGAGUUGCCACAUCAACCUUAUCAGUGUGUGAUUUCCUUGGGGAAAAGAUUGCAUCUGUUCUGGGGAUAAGCACACCAAAAUACCAAUAUGCCAUUGAUGAGUAUUACAGAAUGAAGAGAGAGGAGGAAGAGGAGGAACAGGAAAACAAAAUGUCAGAAGAAGCAGAAAGACAGCAUCGGGAACAGCAGAACAAGCCACAAGCUGAAGCUCCUGUCCAGACAGACCAGCCUGAAGCUACAGCAUGCACUUCAUUUGUGAAUGUAAACUUUGAAAAUGAGGGAGAUUGCCAGUCCAUUGGGGAAAAUAAACAAGAUGUAGUUCCUGUCCCUCCUUAAGUGUAAAGCUCUGUAUAAUGUAGGAAACAGGAAGUGUCAGGUGUCACAAUCUGGCUAUAAGAAGCAGGAAAAAUAGGAUUAUACUUGUUCAGUGAAAUACAACUUCUAGAAUUCUUAUUGAUCAGGAGAGAGCUAGGCACUGUCUGUUCAGUCUGUCUGCCUAAUAAAGGCUGAGGCAUUCUGCCAAAUUGGCACUUCAGUUAAAAUGAAAAUUGCACUACAAACAUUGGUCUAAAAUGGAAUGUGUGAGCUAAUUUCUGUGUAAAGCAAGUAAAAAUGUCUUUUCUUUGAAUUGCUGUGUCUCUAACACCACCUGUGGAUUACAGAUGCAGUGCUGUUUCCUACUUCUAAAUGCCUAUUUCUGAUUUGCACAUUGUUUGCAACUUGGCUCUCUAUGAAUAGAUUAAUAGGAAUCAAUAUCCUGUAACUCACAAGUCAUUAUAAUAGCGUCUGAUUUCCCCUAUUUAUUGUCACUAUUGUAUGCAUGUUUGUUUUUUUCUGUUGUUUAAAACAAGAGAUAAUGUUAGAUUUAAUGUUAAUUAGAUUUAAGGGUCCACUGACUUUUUAUUAAAAAAAAAAACAACAAAACUUUAAAGGAGGCUGUAAACACCCUUAACUUAUUAACAAGCACCAGUACUCUUGGAGGCUAAUAGUGCUCAGCUGCUCCAUUCAGUGCUGUAGCAAAGUACAGAACUAGCAACAGUGUAAGAUGUUCUCAGAGUACUAGUCCAAGAAUUAACAGACCCACCUGCUUGAAUACUUUACAUGCUCUGAAUGGUCCUGGGAAAUAAACUCGAGUCUUGCUAAAUUAUACUGAAUGCACUGGACACUGUUUAUGGUACCAAUCUAGAACUACGAAAACUUUUUUGGACAUAGAUUACCUGAGUCAGUGUACUUGAUUAACCUAAACAGACUAUUUGUUUAAUGUUAAAUUACCAGUACGGGAUGUGCCAUUGCAGAUGUUUCCCCCUGCUUUAGCACAGAAUACAUAAAUAACUAUAAAUCACAAAACCAAACUUAGGAUUCUUCCUUUUUCUUAAAUAAACAAAACACUUUGCUGCAAUAUUGCAACAACAGUAAUUUUUAUUUUUGCUUAAGUAAGUGAAAUGCAGGUAGCUCCACAGCUUUUAAGUAGCCUCAAAUACCAGUUAAGGCUAUUUUACCGCAAUGACUGUCAUUCUACUUGUAGCUUGUAAAAGGUGAAUGGUUUACUUUAUGACAAUCAGAUAUUAGUGCCCCAGUUGCUUUCUAUAGAGAAUUGUUCUAGAUAAAGGAGCAGAGAAUGUGCACUAGUUACCAUGUGAAACAUUACUUCUGUCCUUGAGAUUUCUAAGUAAAAUUUAAAAAAUAGUCUUCAGUGAAAUUUUCUGUUGGGUAUCAUCAGAUGUCCCUGGCCUUGGUCCCACUACCAACUAAGGAGCCUGAUGUAACAUUAGAGGCCCAGUAACUUGGCUAUUAGAGUUUCCAGAGAUCAGUUAUGUUUUUCAGACAACCCUCUGCCUGAACUAGUGUCCUGUAGAGCACAAACUCCUUCUCCUCUCAUCCGUCCUUAGCAUUCCAGAACUAUGCUAAAUCUUCUGAGGAGGAUUCAGUCAUCAGCUCUAUUCCAUCUGUUUUGAUACUCUGUUCUUUGCCUCUUUUUGAAUUGUAAGACAGGGUGCUGACAGCUGUGUAAAAUCAUUCCUUAGCCCUGAACAUCUGUAUGGGAGAGCUUGGUUCAACACCUGGGGAAUACACAGAAGAACAGCUUGUUGGGAGUUCUUAUACUGUCAAAGACAGAAAGCUUCACAGCUCAAGAGUAAAACCUUCACAGCUGAAAGAUGCUUUGCUUUUCUGUCAAGAAAUUAAUGUCAGUUGUGUUGUUUUUUCCCCCCUCUCCCUACUAUCUGUUGCAUCAGAAAUGCUCUCACUGCCUUGGGUUUAAACUUCUUUGUAUGAAAUACUGUAUUACUCACUGUGCCUUAACUUAAUCCUUCCUUUUGCAAACUAUAUGAAAGUGGUUACUUUCAUAAUAGUUUAAUUUUUCUGUAAAUGCAUUAAUUGGUUAUUUUAUAUUUAAUAUAAUUUUUGAACUGGAA